GGACAGCUGUUUGACUUUUGCAUGUGGGGCUUUCGCGUAGACAGACAUCUGUGAACGUGCGUGCUGAUCGGCAGCACUGGUGCCCUUUAAUGUUCUUGGCACGUUCCCUCAUCAAGAUGUCGGGUCACAGUCCUUCCCUGGUCAGACUGGAGCAGAGGGCCGCUGAGGCAGACCAGAUCAUCGAGUACCUCAAGCAGCAGGUCCAGCUGCUCAAGGAGAAAGCCAUUGUGCAGGCCACAGUGCGAGAGGAGAAGAAGCUCCUUGUGGAAAAUGCCAAGCUGAAGAGGGACAUCGAGGAACUGAAAAAACAGCUGCUGGAAAAGGAAAAGAGGAGAGGAGUGAGGGAGGUGGCCAUGCCCUCCGGAGAGCCCUCUGUCCAGUGCACCCCCAAAUCAGCUGCUCCAGAACCAGUCGCCCCUGCUGCCCCUGCCGCUCCUGCCGCUGCCAACAAAGACACGCCCCCCAAAGACAACGAGGGGAAGAAGAAGAAGCCAGAAAAGAAGGGCGACAAGAAGGAGAAGGACAAGAAGCAGGCCGUGGGGGCAGAGGAGGAGGCCCGGGUGGACGUGUCCCGCCUGGACAUGCGCGUGGGCAGGAUCGUCACGGCCGAGAAGCACCCCGACGCCGACUCCCUGUACGUGGAGCAGGUGGACGUGGGAGAGGCCGUGCCCAGGACGGUGGUCAGCGGAUUAGUCAAGCACGUGCCCCUGGACCAGAUGCAAAACCGGAUGGCGGUGCUGCUGUGUAACUUGAAGCCGGCCAAGAUGAGGGGCGUGGUUUCCCAGGCCAUGGUGAUGUGUGCCAGUUCCCCAGACAAGGUGGAGAUCCUGGACCCGCCCAGUGGAGCCGUCCCUGGGGACAGGGUCACCUUCCAGGGCUUCCCAGGUGAGCCGGACAAAGAGCUGAACCCCAAGAAGAAAGUUUGGGAACAGGUCCAGCCUGACCUGCGCACCAAUGACCAGUGCGUAGCCACCUACAAGGGGGCGGCUUUCGAGGUUGCUGGGAAGGGGAUCUGCAAGGCCCAGACCAUGAGUAAUAGCGGGAUCAAAUAAUUGAGCCGGCCACACCUUGCAAAACAAACAAGUUCAAAUGUGACCUCGUCAGUGAUGAUGAAGGAAUGUACCGGAUCCUUAAUAAAGAUUUUGCAAAUUACAA